UGUCCCUUUUUCUCUUGAACGGAACAGAAACAAAAAUAAAACCGAACUCAAGCACACUGAUAGCGAUUAGUCCACUCCAUUCGCAUGUUAUUUCACAUUCCAAUUACCAUUUUCCGCUACUUCCAAAGUCAAAGAUAUUCCAUUACUUGCACAUUUUUUCUUCUUUCAAUUACCUUUAUUCAAAAACAAUCUCUUUGUUAUGAAAUCGUAAAUACUUUUGCACUUUUUUCUGCCCAAAACUGUUUUUGUUUUUUGCUUUUCCGGUUUUACUGUAAAUAGUUAUGUCGGACGCUUUGAUCAGUGGCUUCGCCGGUGCCGGUGGCGGCAUCAUCGCUCAGCUCAUCACCUAUCCUCUACAAACAGUAAAUACUCGGCAGCAAACAGAUAGAAAUUCUAAGAAAAUGAAGCAAACGCUUGGAAGUAUCGAACAAAUUUGCCAGGUUGUGAGGCAAGAAGGUUGGGAUGGACUAUAUGGUGGCUUAGCUCCGUCGCUAAUUGGUACCGCUGCGUCGCAGGGUGUUUAUUAUUAUUUCUACCAAAUAUUCAGGAAUAGAGCAGAAACUGAUGCACUUGAACGUAAGAAAAAAGGAAUUGGUGAUGGAUCAGUGGGAAUGUUCUCUUCAUUACUGGUGGCUGCUUUAUCUGGGUGUGUUAACGUGCUGCUGACUAAUCCCAUAUGGGUAGUUGUUACACGCAUGCAGACUCAUACAAGAAAAGAUAAAGAUAACCACACCAAACCGGUAACAUCACAGGAUGCAAUCUCUGCUGUGGUUGAACCUCCUCCCUAUGGGACAAGCCACACUAUUCAAGAAGUCUAUGGUGAAGCUGGAGUUUGGGGUUUCUGGAAUGGUGUUUUUCCAACAUUAUUCAUGGUAAGCAAUCCUUCCAUACAAUUUAUGCUAUAUGAAACCUUGCUGAAGAAGAUUAGGAAGCGACGUGCCUCUAGCAAUAAAGGUGCCAAUGAUGUCACUGCUUUGGAGAUAUUUUUACUUGGAGCUGUGGCAAAACUUGGAGCUACGGUUAUAACAUAUCCCCUUCUGGUUAUCAAGUCACGACUUCAGGCAAAGCAGGAUGUUGGUGGGGAUAAAAGACAUCAUUAUAAAGGCACCCUUGAUGCUAUUGUGAAGAUUUUACGCUAUGAAGGCUUUCAUGGAUUCUGCAAGGGGAUGGGCACAAAAAUUGUACAAAGUGUUCUUGCUGCUGCUGUUCUAUUCAUGGUCAAGGAGGAACUUGUCAGGGGUGCUAGAUGGUUAUUAACAGGUAGUUCUGCUACUUCUAUCAGAUGAAAGCCUGAGUAGAAGUUGGUUUUCCUCCACUGAAGUCUAAGCAAGGUGCAGCGCCUUCAGAACUAGGAUGGGCUACUUUGUAAUAACUAGAUAUAAUUUAUUUUAAUGACGGAUAGUGUACUAACCAGCUUGCGCACAUCUCGACUAUUCAAUUGGAUAUAUGCUAACCUUCACCAGUAUAGAUACUGGGUAGUUUGCUGUGUCUCCACGGUAUAGAGUGGAAAUAGCUUAGUUGAUCCUGAAUCCAUUCUUUGGUCAUGGCGUACUACUUGUUAACUCCAUCUACUAUCUUCCUACUGGAUCAAAGGUGAAAUGAUGUUGUAUUUCUUAUUACUAUUUCAAAAUUGUUUGGACUUGGGAUUGAGCUUCUUUAUAAGUAGAGCGUGUUAUUUAA